UGCGUGUGUGUGUGCUUGCGUGGCGUGUUUGAGCACUGAAGCCAAGCAGUAACUCAUCGAUCUAUACAGGAUAUCAACAAGUGGACAGCACGACGUCAAGGCGUUUUGAUUGGUUUGUGCACUAAUAGCCAAAGUUGUCGUGGUAGUUUUUGUGCACGUGUACUAGUUACUUGCUUCGAGAAGCAAACGUAAAAUGACACGGGAAUGACUUGUGAUAUAACUCUGUUAUUUCAUUUUCUUCAAAUUAAAAGUAUCGCUUAUCUCAUACCAGUUUAAAGAUAAUGCUGUUGCUUCAAAUGAAAGACGUUCACAAAUGACAAAACAACUGAGUUUCUUUUCUUACAAAGGACCUGAACAACAGCGUUAAGAGUUAUUUGCAUAAAAUAUUGGAAAACCACGAUCAAAUCUACUUUGUGCGAUUCAGUGAUCUUUUCCGCUUUAAAAGACGUGUCAUUUGUGAGAAGCUUGGUGGACAAAAACGAUGGUCGACUAUAGUCGUCCAACGAUGAUUUAUCUAGAAGACGAGCCGUCAAAGAUGGGUGAAAGAUUCAGAGCUUGUUUCUGUCCGAGUAGGGAACUGAGUCAAAGUCACAACGUCCAUCACGGACAUCUUCCAAACAUGUACAUGGGCGAUAAAUUAGAACGUCAGGAGCGUACACAACCUCCACACCUGCAGGCUCAUCAAAACAUGAUCUUUAACAGCAAGGAUCUUGUGACGUUCUUGAAGGAUCGAGAGAUCGCAGAAAAACUCAGUCCAUUUUCCAUCCCUGCCGUAACAUCGACGGAGAUUUAUCGGCCAAAAGAAAAAGAGCACGCCCCGAGGAAUGAGACAAGAAAACGAUAUAUGUGUGAUAUAUGUCGGAAAGGAUUUCAACAAGUAUGCCAACUGAAACAACAUCGACGUAUACACACAGGAGAAAAACCUUACAAGUGCAAUGAAUGUGGAAAGGCAUUUACUCAAGCAAGUCAACUUAAUCAACAUGUUCGCCUACACACCGGCGAGAAACCUUACUCUUGUGAGAUAUGCAGUAAGAGAUUUACACAGCUCAGUCAACUGAAGUCCCACAAGCGCACUCACCAGAGCAAGGUCGUACGUCACGGUUAUCAAGACAACGGCCUUCGCCAUACUUUUGAAGAGCUUCCGAAGCCGGAGAAGCGAGGUCGACCUAAAGGUGCUGUAUACAGUCACAAGAGAUAUGGCUCUACGGAGAAAAUGAAAACACACACGUUUACUCCAGGUUUUAUGGAACGAAGGCAAGAUAGCAUAAGAAGUAAUAUGAACAUCGGCCCUCCUUCUCACCUGGAGUAUUUCGCACAGAUCAAUGCCAUACAGCGAAUGUAAGAAAAACAUCAAUUGGCAUCUUUAGAAAAUAAUCCACAUCGCCUCUUCGCGAGUUUCCUCGUCCAUAGGAGCAAAGCUCAAAAUAUUUUAUGUCCAUUAGGGUCCAACCCUAACGAACAACGUAACGUUUUAUUGUAUAGAAUGAAGGAGUUCGAUGAUGAUGAUAACAAUCAAGUUACGUAUUCACAAUUUAAAGCAGCAAUUCAUUCUGAUAUUUUCCAAUUUAAAAAUUAAUGACACCAUAGUUUAGUAAUCUACAAUACAUCUUCAACAAUACCAACUACAAUACAAUUAAGUUUGAGAAUUCAUCCGUCUGUAACAAGUUUCGAAGCUAAACUGACAGGGAAAACAACUGCCUUACUUAUAUUCAUUUUAGACGUUCAAAACGUUUGUGUUAAUUUGAAAAAAAAAUAUGAAAAGUUUAACCGACUUGGGCUUAGCCCGUAAUUACAACGCUAGUGUUCGCAUAUUCAAAAUAUUACCUAGUGAGUGAUAUAAAACAUUUGUCAGCUAUAAUUUAAGAAAAAGUUGAAAAAGAUUAGCUUUUACCAUCUAAUGGUCAAGGUCGAUCAACUUAAUGGUAGCUUUAGUUUCUAGAUAGUCACACAAAGAACUAUUUAGUUGUAUUUUCUUUUCAAUAGGCAAUAAAGUGCAAUUGUAUAAAAAA